AGUACGAAUCAUGACAACGAUCCAGAGAUUCUGGACAGGGAAAAGCGUCGCAACCUGAGCCGCGAAAAGUAUCAGACGACUGCUCCCAUGGACCAUGCACCCGGCUGGAACGAGCAUCUGGCCACCACCUCGGAGCACGCCGUUAAAGCCGAUGCUACUCCAGGCGGUCCACCUUCUGAAGACCUCCAAGCCCAAACCGUCCAACACCUCCAAAAGAAGCACUCACCUGAGGAACGUUACACCUCGGAGGCCGUCUACGAGCGCGACGAAAUUUCAGGCCCGCUUGGAUCUGCGAAGUCAAUUGAGGCCGACGCUUCUGAGGAAGUGGGUCGCGUUGACGGUGAAUGGAGGCAGACGAUGGUUAAGGAAAGGACGGAGGAGGAAGUAGUCAAGGAGGGAGACCCCACAAGCAGUGAGGCACAUGUGAGUGUCGUUUAUUCGCUGUGUACGCGACGGAUCGAGGUCUGA